UGAGUGGUUCGAUCGAGGUGUGAUUAAAAUUUAUACAAAAAGAAAAAAAAAAUAAAAAUCUUAUUAGUAAGAAAAUUAAAAAGGUUUAAGAAAAAAUUCAGUGUUCAAAUAUUAAUAAAAAUAUACAUAAUUAUUUUUUAUUUUAUUUAUUUUGGUGGUUGAAUGUAUAGUGCUUUAAUAUUAAAUUUUAAUUUCCUUAUAACCUUAAGUAUUUAACUUAAUAAAUUAAAAAAAAAAAAGAGAAAGCAAAAAUUUAAUCUUUUCAAUUGAUAAUUUUGAAAAAAAAAAGAAAAAUAAAGGAAAUGCCUGAAAAAUUUUAUAAAAUUGAUAUAAACAAAACGGAAUGGGAGAUUCCAGAACGAUAUCAAAUGUUAAAUCCGGUCGGAUCUGGAGCUUACGGACAGGUUUGUUCAGCUGUAAAUACAAAAAAUAAUAUGAAAGUUGCUAUAAAAAAAUUAGCACGACCAUUUCAAUCAGCUGUACAUGCAAAAAGAACAUACCGUGAACUUAGAAUGUUAAAACAUAUGAAUCAUGAAAACGUUAUUGGUUUAUUAGAUGUUUUUCAUCCAGGUGAUAAUUCAAUUGAACAAUUUCAACAAGUUUAUUUAGUAACACAUUUAAUGGGUGCUGAUUUAAAUAAUAUUGUUAGAACACAAAAAUUAUCAGAUGAUCAUGUACAAUUUUUGGUAUAUCAAAUAUUAAGAGGUUUAAAAUAUAUACAUAGUGCUGGAAUAAUACAUAGGGAUCUUAAACCAUCAAAUAUUGCUGUAAAUGAAGAUUGUGAAUUAAAAAUUCUUGAUUUUGGUUUGGCAAGACCAACUGAAAAUGAAAUGACCGGCUAUGUUGCAACAAGAUGGUAUCGUGCACCAGAAAUUAUGUUAAAUUGGAUGCAUUAUAAUCAAACAGUCGAUAUAUGGUCUGUAGGAUGUAUUAUGGCUGAAUUAUUAACUGGACGAACUCUAUUUCCAGGAACAGAUCACAUUCAUCAACUUAAUUUAAUUAUGGAAAUUCUUGGGACACCCGCUGAUGAUUUUAUGAUGAAAAUUUCGUCAGAAAGUGCACGGAAUUAUAUUAAAUCCCUACCAGUUAUGAAAAAGAGAAGUUUUAAGGAUGUAUUUAAAGGUGCUAAUCCAUUAGCUAUUGAUCUUUUGGAAAAAAUGCUUGAAUUAGAUUCAGAAAAAAGGAUAACAGCAGAAGAAGCGCUGGCGCAUCCGUAUAUGGAAAAAUAUGCUGAUCCAAAUGAUGAACCAAUUUCAGCAUUAUAUGAUCAAAGUUUUGAAGAUAUGGAUUUACCAGUUGAAAGAUGGAAGGAAUUGGUAUAUAAUGAAGUUAUUAAUUUUCAACCACAUCCUAAUAUGAUCCCACAAGAUAUUCAAGCUCAAUAAAAAUGAGAUUAUUUUAAUUCAGAUAUUAUAUGAGAAAUUAUAAAUUUAAAUAUAAAGAAGAGAAAAUGUAAAAAAAAAAAUAAAAAUUUUUUUUUUUUUUAAUUUAAAUAUUAAUUAAAUACAUCCAUAAUUUUUAAGUACCUUAAGGUUAAAUAAAUAAAAAAAAAAUAAUAAAUAAAAAAAAUUUUUGUUUUUUUGCGUAAAUUUUGU